AUGCAAAACGAAUUGUUGGAGCCGCCUUUAUCGCAAGGCGUCAUGCAGCAUGUCACCUUGCCGCCACAACCGAUGUCAGGACCUUUAUCACAAAUGCCUGCUACGUCCGCUGCUGAUUCCGAACAAACGGAUCCGAAUCGAGCUCGGAAGGUGGCAGAAGUUUUUCUAACAGCUGGUCAUGCCUUUCAAAAACUAGGCGAUCUGGCGAUGCAACUUCACAUGGGUCCUUCAUCUGUGCCCAAUGAGGAGAGAUGGAGUGAAAAUAACGUUGAUCAUUUGCGAGAAGCACUUACUCGUUUCGCUCAUGAACUUGACCAAAUAAGUAAUAACGUACAGGCACGAACAACGAAAAUGAUUAGCACCGAUAUUCGGCGGAGGCAUAUGACUCCUCAGCGGCCAGUGGCCUCUGCUAUAUCUACCCUAAAGCGUCAGCCUGCCAGGCUUGGUCCUGUUAUUGUGCCGAAACGAUUGAAUGUUACCAGAAAUGCAACAAGGCCCCAGUAUGUGCCUGGACGUCUAUCAACAGCUCCUCCUGCUAUUUCACAAGUAAUUGUGCCCACCACGAAAACCUUUCCAAUGACUAGAGCGAGCUCGUCAACAUUUGCUGGACAGCGACAGUACCUGGUGCCAAUGACCCAAGCAGGCCCAUCGCGGACGUUACCUGUGGUGACGUCACGUGUACAGAAUCAAACACCAAUUCAUCAUGCACAAAGUUCCACAAUGGUUUCACAUCAAGGACCGCCCACUUUGGUACCAGUGAUGAUGGACGACGCCCCACCUCGAUUGGAUCAGCGAAUAUAA